AUGGUGUUCCCACUCACUCUCUGUUUAGGGGCUACCGCGAUGCAAUUAGGAGCUGUCAUGCUUGAUCACUUUCAUCCGAAAGUUCAUCUUGCCUUGGGAGGAGCAGUCUAUGUAGGAGCAAUAGCAGUCUCAGCUUACAUUACUAAUUUCUAUGUAUUUGUCCUGUUUUACUCUAUUCUUGCGGGUGUUGGAUAUGGUAUAAUCUAUAUCUUGCCACUUAAAAAUGCUUGGAUGUUCUUUCCAAAUAAUAAAGGCAUGGUGGGCGGUAUAAUUCUAGCAUCCCAUUCCUUCGCAGCUAUUGGGUGGACAUUUCUCACCACAUCUUUGAUAAAUCCAAAUAAUGAAAUGCCAAACUUAUACAUAAAUGUGGGUAACUCAUUGGAAGUGCUCUAUGAUUCAAACAGCGAUGCAGCCAAGAAUGUCCCCUACUGCUUGAAUAUUAUAUCUAUGAUACUAUUAGGAAUUUUAGUAAUUGCUGUCUUGCUUAUAUUCAAGAAAAAGACUGUAACAUUCGAUUAAUAACUGGCCUAAGAAUUACUCCAAAAGGGAAUAGUCCAUGAUGGUGGAGUGUAGUAUCUUGCGCCUAAUUCAAGACAUGAAGGGAUUAACAGAUAAGACUCUUUCACUUCUUAAGAUAACUCUACAAACAGAGGUGAUUCUUCUUUUAGAGAUGAUAGCUUCUCAGACAAUCAAUCCAACUAUUCAGGGUUUACAGAUCUUUCACAUAUGACUUUGAGGGAAUCAGUUUAAGAUCGCACCUUCUGGCAUAUAUUCGUGAUGCUGACUCUUUCCAUGUCAUUCUGCUACUUCAUCAAAGUAGUAUUCAAAAAUUUCGGGAACUUAAACUUCAAUGAUGACGCCUUUUUAACUUAGGUGGCUGGCACUUCAUUUUUAUGUGGAGCAAGUGCCAGGUUUAUCUGGGGUACAGUACAGGAUUAUAUUGGUUUUAAGAAAGUCUAUGGAAUCAUUGUUUUUAGUCUUACUAUUUGUGCAUUCACCAUUAAUGAGAUCGCUUAUAGCAGAACACUGUAUCAGGUCUGGAUUGGAAUUAGCUUUGCAAUGGAAGGCGGGCAUUUCUCCAUAUUCCCGGCAUUAGCUGCUUAAAUCUAUGGAGCUCAAUUGGGAUCGAAGGUUUACUCUCUUUUAUUUAUUGGAACUGCUAUCGCAUCAUUAAUUGGACUUUUAGUAGCAAACAUAGUUUUACCAAUUUUCGGCUGGAAAACAGUGUUCAUAAUAUUCGCUUGUAUGAAUUGCCUUAGCCUGCUACUUCUAUUUAUGUUUGAGUCCAAUGGCAAUCAAAAGGCUUUCAUACCAAGAAGCCAAGACAGACCAUUUUACAGCUAGGCAUCGAGGAGUCAAGCAUCAUCUUAAAGAGGUUAUAAAUGA